AUAACAAACCAAGAACAGAGUAAGCAAGAGUUUUGGAAGCAAAGAUGGCCACUAGCUCAGCCGCAGUCACCGUGGCGAUCUUCCUCCUUGUUACACUCUCCGCCUCCUACAUCACAUCAGCCCUCCGCCCCAGCUUCGGCACCUGCCAAGCCAGUGGCUACUUACCUGGGAAGGCCGGCCACUGCGAGAGAAGCAACGAUCCAGAUUGUUGUGAGGAUGGUAAGAGGUACCCUCAAUACCACUGCUCGCCUCCGGUGACAUCGAGCACCAAAGCCGUCUUGACGCUCAAUAGCUUCGAGAAGGGCAAGGACGGUGGUGGUCCGUCAGAGUGCGAUAAUGCCUACCAUAGCGAUGAGGAGAUGGUUGCUGCGCUCUCCACCGGGUGGUUCAAGAACAUGGCACGUUGCGGCCACCGCAUCAAGAUCACUGCCAAUGGAAACUCUGUGUAUGCAAAGGUGGUGGAUGAGUGUGAUUCUGUGUAUGGCUGCGACGACGAGCACAACUACGAGCCACCCUGCCAGAACAACAUCGUCGAUGCCUCGCCGGCGGUUUGGAAUGCCUUGGGGCUUGAUCAGAAUGUUGGUGAGCUGGCCAUCACCUGGUCUGACAACGACAACUAGUCAAUAUUGAUGUUGACAUGCAUAUGCAUUACCUUUGUGCGAUUUUACAUCUAGUGCUGUGUUUGUACAUACCUAUUGUAGUUGAUGUAUUGUAAAU